AUGUGCUACGAUGGGGCUUGCAUACCCCAAUCCCAGCGUUGCGACGGACGACGUCAGUGUCCAGAUGGGUCUGACGAACUUAAUUGUGCUGAAUUACCAGUUGCACGUCCAGCACGUCCAACUGCGCGACCAUAUGGAGUGGCUGAAUUUGAAUGCACUUCAAAUAUACAGGGUGUAUUACCACUUGUGCUAUUGGAUAAUGGCAGUCUAGCUGAAAAUUUUCCACGGUUUCAGGUUAGACGGAUCGAUGACCAAACAGUCAGAGUAAGAGUUCUGAACAUAACUGAAAGAGAUCGUGAUAUGGUAUUAAGAUGUGCAUAUGAGACAGGAGAGUCAACAGACGUGACAAUCACUGUUGAAUCACCGUGCAGACGAGGUGAAAUGAUGUGUAGAGAUGGCACCUGUCUACCUGAAGCCUACUUUUGCAAUAGACGUCAAGAAUGUCCUGAUGGAUCGGAUGAAUUUCCACCUCAUUGUGUUUCUGUGUGUCAACCACCUCGAAUUCUUUGCUCCACUGGUGAGUGCAUUACCCUAGAAAUGCGUUGUGACGGUAAACUGGACUGUCGCGACGGCUCAGAUGAACGGGGUUGCCCACCACGUUGCCGUGAAAAUCAAUACCAGUGCUCUUCCGGUGAAUGUAUAGAACAACAUAUGAGGUGUGAUGGCAGACGUGAUUGUCGUGAUGGUUCAGACGAGACUGGAUGCCCACCUGCUCGUUGUUCUCCUGACCAAUACCAGUGCUCUUCCGGUGAAUGCAUUGAACAAAAUAUGAGGUGUGAUGGCAGACGUGAUUGUCGUGAUGGGUCAGAUGAAAUCUUUUGUGCUCCUCGUUGUCGUCCCGAUCAGUAUCAAUGUUAUUCUGGUGAAUGUAUUGAACGGCAUAUGAGGUGUGAUGGUAGAAGAGACUGUCGUGAUGGUUCAGAUGAGGCUGGUUGCCCACCUGCUCGUUGUUCUCCUGACCAAUACCAGUGCUCUUCCGGUGAAUGCAUUGAACAAAAUAUGAGGUGUGAUGGCAGACGUGAUUGUCGUGAUGGGUCAGAUGAAAUCUUUUGUGAAGAAAGAGUUACAAUUCGUGUGGAACCGGAUAUUAUUCGAACAAAACCAUAUGAGAAGUGGUCAUUUGAAUGUUCCGUAACGGGAGCAGAUAUAGAACCUAUUGUUAGAUUUCAAGAUGGCACACUAGUAGAAUUAGACCCACGAUUUCGAGUUACACGUAGAGAUCCUAACACUGUAAGGGUUGAAGCAGUUCAUGGACUAACAGAAAAAGAUGACCGUAUGAAACUGAUAUGUACAUUCCCCGGUGGACCAAGGAAAGAGACUGAAAUCAUGGUUCAACGAUUUUGUCCGCGUGGUCAGUUUAUGUGUGCUGAUGGAACCUGUCGUCCAGAAAGCGAUUUUUGCAAUGGUCGAGUAGAUUGUCCAGAUGGUUCAGAUGAGCGACCUCCUCACUGCAGAGAGGCUAUAAAAGUGGAGAUUAAACCAAGCGUUAUUCAUGUUAAACCUUACCGAAGUUUCGAGUUUGAAUGCAUUUCCUAUGUGCCUGGUGUAAGACCAGAAGCCAGAUUACCAAGUGGCAUGUUAGUCAGUCAAGAUCGUCGUUUUAAUGUGGAAUACCUCUCGCCAACACAUCUACGAGUGAACGCAGUAUAUGGUUUAACAGACAGAGAUCAUCCGUUUCACAUUUACUGUGUAUUUCCUGGACAAGAAAAUAGAACAGCUGUUAUUGAAAUUGAAAGACCUUGUCCAGUUGGACAAUUUCAGUGUAUGGAUGGUCAAUGUUUACCACAUGAUACAUUUUGUGACGGAAAACCAGACUGUCGGGAUGGUUCAGAUGAAAGUGAACGAUAUUGCGUUGUGGAUAUCAGAGUUACUCCAAGUUCAAUUCGUGUUAUACCGUAUCAACAUUUUGAAUUCGAACGCCCUACACUUCAAACUGUUGUUGUACAAGCACCAAGAGGUUUAAUGGAUGUAGGGCAACACAAGUUCAAAUGCAUUGUAUCUACGAAUAUUGUCAGACAGGUUGAGGUAGAAGUUACGACAGGUUGUCCACCUGGUCAGUUUAGGUGUAGAUCUGGUGAAUGUUUACCAAGAACUGUAUUUUGUGAUGGAAAACGUGACUGUUCAGAUGGUUCAGAUGAAGAUCCAAGAUCUUGUGUUCCAUCCGUUGUCAUUACACCGACGACAAUUUUAACGAGACCAUAUGAAUCAUUUCAAUUCGAGUGUAGAUCAAACGUACCAGGAAGUGAACCUCAAGUUACUUUUGAAGGCUACCCAGUUGAAGGUGAUCAUAGAUUCACAAUUGUACGUCCAAGUCGUGAGCACGUUAUUGUUCGAGCUGACAGUGGCAUACCCGACCCUGGAACGUAUUCUUUCAGCUGUACUGUAGUAAGUAGAGUGCCUGGAAGAAUUGUAGUACAAGUUGAAUCAGUAUGUCCAGCUGGCUAUUCUAGAUGUGCAGAUGGAACAUGUAUCCCACAACAGCAGUUUUGUGAUAGAAUACCUCAAUGCCCAGAUGGCUCAGAUGAAGAUAGGUUACGUUGCCCUGAGAUAACUGUUGAUGUGAGAGUACAUUUCACCCCAGGCGAAAUCCGAAUCCAACCCGGUCGAUCAUUCCGCUUGGAGUGUGUUACUGACAAACCGGGUACAUCUCCAGUUAUACAGUUUGUCGAUGGAAGACCAGUAACAAGCGACCCAAGAUUUGUAAUAUCUAGGCCUUCAACUGAACGUGCUAUCAUAGAAGUACCUGGAGGCCUAGAUGCUACAGAAAGACAAGUAAUACUUGAAUGUAUAUCUCCUAGUGGAGACAGAAAGACUGCAACCAUUCUUGUGGAACGUGGAUGUCAACCAGGACAAAGGAGAUGUCCAAGUGGUGAAUGCAUAUUUGUUGGUCAGUUUUGUGAUGGUAAACCUGAUUGUGAUGAUGGAUUCGACGAACGGCCUGAAAAUUGUGCUUACUGUGACCCAAUAACCAAACCAUGUGAAGUCGUGAAUGGUAUACCACCCAAAGAAGCCACUUAUGAAUUACACUGGAGGUGUGAUGGAGAAAAUGAUUGUGGUAAUCGGUUUGACGAACAAAACUGUUUAAAUGAUACCCGUGUGCCUGAUAAAGAAUGUGGUGCCACUCACUUCAGAUGUCGGUCAGAACCAUAUCAGUAUAUACCAUUCGCCUAUUGGUGUGACGGUGGCCGUGAUUGUAGAGGUGGUGAAGAUGAGGAUGAUUGCUCUCCACCUACAAUAAUCCAAGCCCAAGGUCAAGAAACUCACAGAGUUCGUCCAGGUGGGAGAUUAAUUUUGGAAUGUGAAGCAUCUGGUGUACCACCACCAAUGAUUAUUUGGCGCUUCAACUGGAGGUGUCUUCGUGAUGAAACACGUAUGCAUAGUCAAGCUGUGCCCAGUUCACUAGGAUGUAAAGGUUCAAAAAGUCGUCUGACAAUUGAAAACUUUAGAGAAGGCGAUGAUGGAAUUUACAAUUGUGAAGCCUUGACUUCAAAAGACAGAGCAAUGUCACAGGAUAUAUUUGUUCUCUUAUCACCUUAG